AUGGAACCCACAGAACAAGACAUAACAAGCAGAGUAGAAGAAAAUUUCUCCGACCACCAAAACGGUAGUUAUGAGCCUCACGGCCACAAGCUCCGACGGCACGACUCAUUGGACUUGGAGUCGGCCAAUAUCCCCCACCACCACCACCACGGCGGCGCCACCACGGGUUUAGGGUGGGCGGCGGUGGUCCAGCUGGCGUUUCAGAGCCUGGGGGUUGUGUACGGUGACAUAGGGACAUCGCCGCUGUACGUGUACUCGAGCACUUUCACCGACGGGAUAAAACACAACGACGACAUUUUGGGAGUUUUGUCAUUGAUCUUUUACACAAUUACCUUAAUACCCUUGUGCAAGUACGUCUUCAUCGUCCUGCGUGCCAACGACAAUGGCGACGGAGGGACAUUUGCAUUGUAUUCCUUAAUAUGUCGGUAUGCAAAAGUGAGUUUAAUCCCGAAUCAAGAAGUUGAAGACCAAAAUGUGUCCACUUUCCAACUCGAAUUGCCUAACGAUCGGACUCAGAGGGCCUCAAAGGUUAAGACGAAGCUCGAAAACAGCAAUUUUGCAAAGUAUUUUCUGUUGUGUGCAACAAUGCUUGGAACUUCAAUGGUCAUCGGUGAUGGCGUGCUUACUCCAUGUAUCUCAGUUUGUUAUGUAUCCUUAUUUACCAGUAUGAGCUUGUGUAUUUCUGUAUCCUUAAAAACAGAUGAGGUGGUGUGGAUAUCAGUUGGGAUCCUAAUACUCCUUUUCAUAGUCCAAAGAUUUGGGACAGACAAAGUUGGCUACACUUUUGCUCCCAUAAUAUGUGUCUGGUUCUCUUUCAAUGCUGCAAUUGGUGUCUACAAUUUCUUCAAAUAUGACCCUUCUGUGGUCAAAGCUAUAAACCCCAAAUACAUUGUGGAUUAUUUCAAAAGGAACAAAGAUCAAGCUUGGAUUUCCCUUGGUGGUGUUGUUCUUGCUAUUACAGGAACCGAGGCGUUAUUUGCCGAUGUUGGACACUUUACGGUACGGUCCAUACAAAUAAGCAUGUGCAGCGUGACUUACCCGGCACUUGUACUGGUGUACACCGGGCAAGCCUCGUUUCUCCGUGAGAACAACAGUUUAGUUUCCGAAACAUUUUACCAGUCCAUCCCAGGUCCAUUUUACUGGUCGAUGUUUGUAGCGGCCGUGUUGGCGUCAAUCAUCGCGAGUCAAGCCAUGAUCUCCGCCACGUUUUCCAUAAUUCAACAAUCCCUUUCGCUCGGGUGCUUCCCGCGCGUCAAAAUCGUGCACACGUCUAAGAAGUAUCCGGGGCAAGUUUACAUUCCAGAAAUCAAUUACCUAUUGAUGAUAGCUUGCGUCUUCGUAACCAUUGGGUUUAAGACCACUACUGAGAUCGGCAAUGCCUACGGGACUGCUGUCGUGUUCGUGAUGGCGCUUACAUCGGCAUUUUUAGUCCUAAUCAUGAUUAUGAUUUGGAAAACUCACAUCCUUCUUGUGAUUGCGUACAUUUUGAUAAUCGGCUUGGUUGAGUUGGUUUACUUGAGUUCGGUUCUCUACAAGUUUGAUCAAGGUAGUUAUCUACCACUCGCGUUUGCCCUCUUCUUGAUGACCAUCAUGUUCGUGUGGAACUAUGUCUACCGAAAGAAGUACCAUUUUGAGCUAGACCACAAGCUAUCACGCGAGGAGGUAAAAGGAAUUAUCGAGGACAUGGAUUCCCAUAGGCUCCCGGGCCUAGCAAUCUUCUACUCGGAGCUCGUUCACGGAAUCCCUCCGAUUUUCAAGCACUAUGUGUCGAACGUACCCGCCCUCCACUCGGUUUUGGUCUUCGUGUCCUUCAAGUCGUUGCCGAUUAGUCGAGUUCCGGUCGAGGAAAGGUUCCUUUUCCGGAGGGUUCAACCUAAGGAGCUUCAAGUGUUCCGUUGUGUUGUGCGUUACGGGUACAAGGAUGUGAGGAAUGAGGAAGAGCCCUUUGAGAGAUUGUUGUUUGAGAGACUAAAGGAGUUCAUUAGGGAGGAUUGUUGGCAAAAUGUAAGGUCAAUUGAACACAGUGAUGGAGAUGGGGAGUUAUCUAGUGAGGGGGCGGUGCAUGGUGAGGAAGGGGGUGAUGUGGCAAGACAAAUCGAGGACUUGGAUAGGGCGUGGAGGUUCGCGGUGGUGCAUAUGGUGGGGGAGCACGAGGUGGUGGCGGCGGAAGGAGCGAAUAUUGGGAAGAGGGUUUUGAUAGAUUAUGCCUACAAUUUCUUGAAGAAGAACUUGAGGCAGAGCAAUAGGGUGUUUGAUAUUCCUCAGAAGAAGAUGCUUAAAGUUGGAAUGACAUAUGAACUUUGA